AUGGACGCCGGCGACGACCAACUCGGCCGCGCGCGCGUCAAAUUAACGAACGUAUGGGCGACGAUGAAGGGCGUGUUCGCGCGCGCCUGGGACCACAAGUCCGUCUGCUUCUUCGUCGGGUCUGUUAUUUUGAUGCACGCCUUCGGCGACGAGCUCGCCGUGUAGAAUGGUUCUUCCGCCCGACAUCUGCAGUGCUGCGUCGGAGGGCGACAUCCCAGUUGUAGAAAGGUGGCUUGAUAGGCAGGACCGGGAAGCCAUCAAUGAUAGAGAUGAAUCGGGAUUAUCGCUUCUCAUGUUAUGCAUGAACUCGAACAUUGAAGCGCACCACAUCCAGUGCGCUAGAAUGAUCACCGCGCGAGGCGGCGACGUAAAUAUGGGAGACUCAUAUGGUUGGAAGCCGCUGCACUACGCAUGCUAUCCAGAAGGCUACGCGUCAGCAAUGGUUUCGCUGCUUCUCCAGGCAGGAGCCAAUGUAAACGCCAGAACGGAACACGGAAACCAAACACCACUCGGUGUAUUACUACAGGAAUUCGAUUUUUGCGUGGAUUAUGAGGAGGAGGAGAUUUCUAGGGCGUCGCAUCAGAGACUAGUCUCACGCUCUGGCCUAGAAAUCCUGAUAGUCUUACUCCGAGCGGGCGCCUCGAUCGACCGAUGCAUGCGAGAUUUUUCGACCGAAGCGGGAGAUCUCUCGGCCGAGGAGCUGAUGCAAGACUUCCUAUCUUGCCGCCCACAUUACGCCGACGACGAGUCCUUCGCCAAGUGCCGAGAGCUCGUCGCCGGCGUCCGCGCUUACGGCACUUACAAGGCCUAUGUGCGGGAGCCGCACCGCCGCUUCCUCCGCCUCCGCAGCCUGCUCGUCCGGGGCCGCGCCAAGGUCCGGGACCGCUCCAAGGAUAGCCGGCGCCUCGAGCGCAUCGCGCGCCUGCCGAACGGCGCCUGCUGGCACGUCCUCUCUUUCUGGCGCGAUGCCGGGUGA